UUCGGCGAGACACCGAGACAGUCCAAUUUAUGCAUUACGGCUAUGUAGGCACUAUACGCUAUCAAAAACUCUGUGCCCGGACUUUUACACCAUUCGGCAUCAUCAUUUUAUUCAUUGCAAUAGUUAUACAAUUUUUAUCAAGUGCCUACAAAAACAAAACUCGAAAUUCAUAUCGGUAACAAAAAAAAAAAGAAUCCGCGGGAAAUUGUUUAAGUUUCGGUUUUUUUUGUUGUUUUUCUGUUUUUUUUUGUUAUUGUUACAAAAUUCGCGGUGUUUUUUUGUUGCAUUUUACACAUAGAAGAAACAUUCAUUUAUGAAAAUUACAAGAAGAUAAACAGGGAUACGUGAUCAUCAGGCAAGGAAUAUCAUCUAUGAUCCGCGUGUGCUGUUUUUUCGAAUACGCGUCUACUGAUAAAAACGACCGUCGUGUUCCAGUGUCGAUAAUAUGAAUUGCACAUUCUCAAGAAAAAGGUCGUGACUUUUUUGUGUGUUGUUACUGGUGAUCAAAAAUUCAUUCCUGGAAAAUUGAAGCCUUCAACAAUAACAAUUCGGUUCAGCUAUGGCAGAGGGGAAUGGGGAAAUAAAAAUGGAGGAGAAGCAGUCCAAAGAGGAUAUGGAAUGUGUCGAGAGGACGGAAGAUUACGCAAAGCUAAUCCAAUAUGGACUCGACGAAAAAGUGGCUGCUAAACUCGAUGAAAUUUACAAGACCGGCAAACUAGCCCAUGUGGAUUUAGAUGAAAGAGCGUUAGACGCUUUAAAAGAAUUUCCGGUGGAUGGCGCAUUAAAUGUGCUCACGCAAUUUCUCGAAUCUAAUCUAGAACAUGUAUCAAAUAAGUCGGCGUAUCUUUGUGGUGUUAUGAAAACUUACAGGCAAAAAAGUAGAGCUGGACAGGGCACCGGAGCAGCCACAACCCCAAAAGCACCCGAUGAAGAUAAAAUUAAGAUGAUUCUAGAAAGAACAGGAUAUCCCUUAGAUGUGACUACAGGACAAAGGAAGUACGGCGGCCCUCCUCCAAAUUGGGAGGGUCCUACUCCAGGAACUGGUUGUGAGGUGUUUUGUGGUAAAAUACCAAAAGAUAUGUACGAGGAUGAAUUAAUUCCAUUAUUUGAAAAAUGUGGCAAAAUCUGGGAUUUGAGGCUGAUGAUGGACCCAAUGUCAGGUACCAACAGGGGAUAUGCUUUUAUCACUUUCACGAAUCGAGAUGCUGCACAACAGGCGGUUAGAGAGCUCGAUAAUCACGAAAUAAAACCCGGCAAGAGUCUGAAAGUAAACAUUAGCGUUCCUAAUCUACGACUUUUCGUGGGGAACAUACCAAAGUCAAAAGGCAAAGAGGAGAUCUUGGAGGAAUUUGGUAAAUUAACAGCCGGCUUAACCGAGGUGAUCAUCUACAGUUCUCCGGACGACAAAAAGAAGAAUAGGGGUUUCUGUUUUUUGGAGUACGAGUCACACAAAGCGGCGUCCUUGGCUAAACGCAGACUUGGUACGGGUCGCAUGAAAGUAUGGGGGUGUGAUAUUAUCGUUGACUGGGCUGAUCCUCAAGAGGAGCCCGAUGAGCAAACAAUGUCCAAAGUUCGUGUUUUGUAUGUUAGAAAUUUGACUCAAGACUGCACAGAAGAGAAACUUAAGGAAUGUUUCGAACAGUAUGGAAAAAUUGAAAGGGUAAAGAAAAUCAAGGAUUAUGCUUUUAUACAUUUUGAAGAUAGAGAAAAUGCCAUGAAGGCGAUGCGUGAAGUAAACGGUAAGGAAAUGAGUGGGUCCCAUAUAGAAGUCUCCCUCGCGAAACCACCAUCCGACAAAAAGAAAAAAGAAGAAGUUUUGCGGGCCAGGGAACGUAGAAUGUAUCAAGUGUUGCAAGGACGUGGCGGAAGUUCUCCGUCACAUCCUAGUAUGAUGGGCGGCCCAAUGGUACCACGGGGACCUGGUCAAGGACCUCGUGGUACUAGUGCGGGUAUGCGAGGACCUAUGGGACGUGGCGACUAUGCUCUCAAGGAAAUAGAUUAUGAUUACGACUAUUACGGUUAUGGGGAUUAUCGAGGUGGCUACAGUGAUCCAUAUUACGAUGACUAUUAUCGAUACGAAGAUUACUAUUUCGAUUACGCGCCGCCUCCGCCACCUGCCAGAGGGAGAGGCAGGCAGCCUCAACCGGCUGGUCGUGGGCGUGGAGUGGUGGCGCGUGGCCGGGUCGGUGGCCCCCAAGCCCGUUUACCAGCCAGGCGGGGACACAACCCCGUAACCUCAGGGGCCCGUGGGGCCCUGCGGCCAACCGUUCGUGGGGGGGUCCGCGCCAAGGGAAGUUUACCAGGUGAGGAUGCAGGUAAACGAAAAUUUGACGGGGGUCACCAGAACCAGGGGGAAUCUAAACGUCGCUUCCAGAGCAGCUGGGGAAACCAGCCCCUUGCCCAACAGCCAUUGGGAUAUGGAUUGGCGAGUGUAAACGGUGGCGGUAGUGGUGGCGCUGGGUCUGGUGACGAACCGAAAUGGUACCAAGACAGCUAUCAAUCGUGGAGCUAACUUCUGCCAGCUUGCAAAUGAACGAGCGUUAUUCGUAUAAUAAACGAUCCAUCGUGUGAUUUCGGGGUUGGGGGACAAGAAAGUUCAAUAAUAAAAUUGAGAAAAGCGUGCGUGUGACUAUGCGAGAGAGAAAAAAUGGAGAAUGAGAGAGAAACAGUGAGAAAGAAGAAAAAGAGAGAUCCGGAGAGAGAGAAAGAGAGAGAGAGAGAAAGAGAGAUACAAACUGUUUGUAAAAGUAUAUUAAAUAUUAUUGUUCCGAUAAAAUGUGAAUUGUAAAUGUUUUUUGAUGAAAUGCAGCACCGCGCUCUGCGCCGCCACCAUCGCCUGCUGUGUUGUGAUUAUGUACAGUGAUGUGCCACUGGGACUGUAUUAUUUUUAUCGGAGUGACCACCCACCCCGUACUACUAUUACAAUACUACUACUCUAAGUAAUCGCUAACUGCAUUGUCACAUUGUUUACUGCCAAGUGAAGAAGAUGAAGAAGAAGAUGAAGAAAAUCGGCGAUGCUGACAUCCGGAUUGUGAUGGCACGUAUUAAUUAAGAGAACUUUUUUGAAUGAUUGUAUUAAGCGAUAUAGUUGACUAAUUUUCAUGAGAGAAUGAAACAAUGUAAGCAAGAAAGUAAGAGAGAAAGGUUUGUAAGAAAGUUCAAUUUUUCAGCAAAUGUAUGAAUGAAAGAAAUAAAUGCCAAGUGGAGUGUCUGUGUGUGUAUGUGUGCGUGAAGCGCGCCAAGCGCGAUUAGACCUUCUAUUGUUGGUCUAUAAUGUGUACAGUCAGUGAAACUAUUAUUAUUAUUAAGAGUCAGGAAAGUUUUAACGAGAUAAAAGAAAAAAUGGAGAGUAAGAAAAUUUGCUAGCCGCAACUUGUGUGAAAGUUUCUGCGAUGCGAUUGUGUCUCCCAUGGUUUGUCCAAUCGUCAGAAGAACAGAGAGCGGGAGAAGGAGUGAGACGAACGACCGAUUGGUUCGAAAAGAAAGAAAUAUUGCUCAUGAAUGAGAAAAAACCCACUUGUACAGUAAAUUUUCAGAACCCAAAAAAAAAAUAUUAAGCGAGAACACUCGUUUCUAAAUUGUAAACUAUAUAUUUAUUCGCUAUAUAGGAGCGCAUUGAAAAAAAAAAACGAGAACUGAGAAAAGUUUGAUGUUGUCCACCUUUAAAAGGAUAGGAAAACGCGAGAGAGUUGGAAAAAAGAAAGCGCGAAAUUUUUUUUCACGAUUAUUGGAAAAUUUUUUAAAAAGUCAAACACAUCCUUUUUACACAAAUACACUUCAUAUACACGUACACACUCAUACACAUUCAUGCAAUAGAUGAUGAAAAACAAAAUGAAAAAAAAAAACAAAGAAAAAUCGAUGACUGGCUACCGGAUUGAUAAUGAUAGAAUUUACAGAUUGAAAUAGAACGCUAGUGCGCAAUUUUUAUUCAAAAUGCAUUCAUAACACAUACAGCACACACUUUUUUGAGUGUUGACUUAUUGUUAUUGUUAGUCUGUUAGUUAAUUAGUAAGAGUUGUAAGUGCGGGCUGUAGUUGGUCCCUGUCCCUGGAGCCCAGACAACCCCCUGUUCUGGAGAUUAUUUUAACGAAAAAUGGAAUAAAAAGAAUAAAAAAAAACGUAUAAGAAAAAUGACACCACUCGAUGUAAAACACGCACCCCCCGAAGAUUGAAAAAAAUAUAUAUAGACCGAUAAACAGGAAUGAAAAUAUAAGACUUUUUUUAUGUGAUUUCACAUAAAUAAAGAAGUCUCAUAUAUCCGAUCCUCCGUUUAUUUGAAAAAAAAAUCCGGCUCAAGACCAAGAAUCGCAUCAAUUGUUCGAAAGUAUUAAAUUUUCAUUUAUAAAAAUCAUUCGUGAAGAUUUUUUUCAUUUUCACAAAUGAUUCUCAAAAUUUCAUGAAAAUUUAACUCCCCCUCAACAAUUGAGCCAUACAAACUGUUCUCAAUUGCGAAUCAAUUAUUGAUCCGCAAUUGUGAAAAUUAAAAAUAAAAAAAAAAAACUAAAAUAAAUAAGAAUUUAAAAGAAGAAAAAAAAAUGGUAAAACAAAUCGUGAAUCCGAAAACACUUAUAGGCUUUCAUUAUAUGCGUAAUAUGACACCAGUAACGAAAGAGAAUAGAAACAUCAUAAAGGGAAAGCAACAGAAUCAGUCUGGACGAAGAUAAAUUGCUCGCAAAUCCUCUUUAUAUUUAUGAGCAUUUUGUUAAUCUUUAUUCAUGUUUUACGUAAUUCUAAUGAUUUCUUCUUUAUAAAUCGCCGCCGUAUUGGCUGCAAAAUGAGAAAAAAAAAUGAAAAAAAAAAUAUGUUCUUCACCUAGUAAUAAUGUUGAGCUCCAAAUUCCUACUCCCUCAAAACCCUCCUCCCCCCCUUGAAACUCCAAAAAAAACAACCAUCUGAAUCCUAAUCCUAAAAACAAAAAAAAGCAAAAAAAGAAAAAAACAAAAAAAAAAAAACUUUUUCGUAUCAAUAAGGCCCACUCGUGAUUAAUCAGGACCGUCACAGAGAAAAGCCUCUCAUCAAAAUAUUUACUCGAAAUUCUUUUAAUUUAGUCAUUGAAUCUGUCUCUUUAUACCUAUCUUCUAAUUCUACGUACCCCCCCCCCCCCCCUCUCUACUCUAUUUAUAAAAGCAUAAUAUUGAGGAUAUAAUAAUUAAUAUUAACAAUACGAUAAGAAUGAAUAUCGCUAAUCAUACUGAGUGGGUUUUUGUGACAUGAUAAUAUUUCAUAUUAAAAUUCUGGUCUUUGUCGAAAAAAAAAUUGUAAUAAUUAUAAACGGCGAGGAUUGGUUAAAAAAAAAGUUAUACAUGUAGAAGAAGCAAAAAAAAAAAAUUAAAAAAAAAAAAACAAACCGAGUAAUCGGUUAUUAAAGAGGAUGAGACCGAACUUCGUCCGAUGGUGAGAGUAAAGUCAAAUUGUUUUAUAGCUUUUUAACUGUAUCUUUUUUUACACAUAUUGACAAUUUCUAUAAUAUAAAAUAAUAAUAUUUUAUACUGUUUUUAAAAAAAAAAAUUGUACAAUCUAAUUUUCUAUUUAAUAUGAAUGGAAUUAUUGUCGCUACAGUACAAGAUUAAUUUUUUUGAAAAGAAAAAAAUUUUUCUUUUAAAAUGAAAAGAAAUGACUUUUGUAACUCUUUGAAUCGCCGGACGAAGUUCAGUUAAUCCGAAUAUAGAGGAAAAAAAAGCAAAUGGACACACCCACAUACACGCGACACACAUAUAUUAUGGUAAAAUAACAAACACAUUGCGCAGAUAAUAUAAGAGUACGGCUUGCGGGGGCAAGGAAGAGCAUGUCUGGCAAAGGCGAAGGCAGUUCACGGUGACGAGACUUUAGACUGAUCUAUAGGUACUAGCGUUACGAUUUUGGCCCUCGCCCUGUUUUUAAAAAGGGCGUUCCAAUUUGAAUGACCCAUCACCUAUAAUCUUCCGUAACACUUUUUUUCUACGACAAAAACGGUGAAUAUUUUCAAAAAAAAAAAAAAAAAAAAAUUCAAGUUGGAACGCCUGGUUUUUUUUUGGGAGGGGGUUUUUAGGUUGCAUUUAGGAUAAUGCACCACUGUGGCUGGCGACGCCAUAAGCCAUACGCCCUCUUUUACCCGGUCAAUGCCCCGCGCUUUUUCGCGGCACACAUCCUUUUAUUAUCGGGAAAAAGAACUAUAGGCUCUUCUUAUAUUUGGUUGACCCGUGUCAUGCGGAUGUUGUGUGAUUUUUUGGGCCGACAUGAUUCACGUUGAUAACGGCUCAAAAACGUGUUUUUUAAUUAUAUAUAAAUAUAUUAUAUAUUAUAUUCCUGCGAAUAUGCAUUUUUUUGUGACGUGAUGUUAUUUAGCAGUGAGAUAGGCGGGAGAAAACGAAAUAAUUAAAAAAAAAAAAGAAAAAAAAAAUUACGGCCACGCGGUAUAAACGAAAAGCAACAAAAAAAACAUAAAAUAAAAUAAACGGCAUGAUGACAAGUUACACAAAAAGAAAAAAUAAAAAAAAGUAGAAAAGAAAAAAAAGAAAGCAAAAAUACGCAGACGUAUCUUUGGAUUAAGAUUUCGUUCCAUCUAUCAGCUCCAUUAUCAAAAAAAAAAAAAUUUUUUUUAUUACGAUUACGAUUAUUAUUACUAUUAAUUAUAUAGUAAUUAUUAUGAUUAUUAUUAUUAUUAUUAUUGCACGCCAACACACACACACACGUACAUACAUAUAUUCAAAUUUUUUCCCGAUUACUGUGUUUAAUGAAAAAAAAGAAAAAAAAAUUCCUUUAUUAUUCUUACUAUUCAGCUACCGAUUGCUUUGCUUUUUUAAUUUCCCGCAAUUUAAAAAGUUGCCCCUAAUUUUAGUGUGACGUAGUUAAAGAUAAUGAUUUAAUUCGAAUUAAAAAUGAUGUUACAAAUAUGGUUCCUUUUUUUUGGGCUAGGAGCUUGAUUUAAAGUGUCAAAGAUUUUUGUGUAUGACCAGAUGUAUUCUACAUGUCUCAAUAAACAGUUGUAUGUGAAUUACCUUUCUUAA